AUGGGAACUCGACAAGGAGAAGUGGUGUGUGUGACCGGCGGCAGCGGCUACAUUGGCUCAUGGCUCGUUCGGCUCCUCCUCGACCGCGGCUACACCGUUCACGCCACCGUCAAGAACCUUGGGGAUGAGCGAGAAACGAAGCACUUGGAGGCCAUGGACGGAGCUCCAUCCCGCCUCCGUCUCUUCCAAAUGGAUCUGCUCCACUAUGACUCCAUAGCAGCUGCCGUCGCCGGCACCGCCGGCGUCUUCCACGUGGCUUCCCCCUGCAUCGUUGAUCAAGUUAAAGACCCAGAUCGCGAGCUGUUGGAUCCGGCGAUUAAAGGGACCAUUAAUGUACUAACGGCGGCAAAAGAAGCUGGUGUUCGGCGCGUGGUGGUCACAUCCUCGGUGGCGGCUUUUAUUCCCAGCCCUAAUUGGCCAGCCGAUAAGGUUAAGGAUGAGGAUUGCUGGACUGAUGAGGAGUACUGCAAGCGCAAGGGGGUGUGGUAUCCACUUUCCAAAACCCUUGCGGAGAAGGCUGCUUGGAAUUAUGCCGAGGAAAGUGGGCUGGACGUUGUUGUGGUGAAUCCAGGGACAGUGAUGGGUCCCAUUAUCCCUCCAGCAAUAAACGCGAGCAUGCUCAUGAUUCUCCGCCUUCUACAGGGCUGCACAGAAGUGUAUGAGGACUUCUUUAUGGGGUCUGUGCAUGUUGAAGAUGUGGCUCUUGCACACAUAUUGGUGUAUGAGAAUGAGUCGGCAACAGGAAGGCACAUGUGUGUCGAGGCAAUAUCUCAUUUUGGUGAUUUUUCUGCAAAGGUGGCCAAAAUUUACCCCGAAUACAAUGUGCCUAGGUUACCCAAGGAUACUCAACCUGGACUGUUGAGGAGCAAGGAUGCAUCGAAGAAGCUAAUGAGCCUUGGUUUGCAAUUUAGGUCCAUGGAACAAAUUAUUAAGGACUCUGUUGAAAGCUUGAGGAGCCAAGGGUACCUUUCCUGA